AUGUGGAUUCUACCUUUAGUCGGCUACCUCGGCUCCAUCGUGGGCUUCUGUUUCCUCACCCUCGCCAUCGCUUCGGGUCUUUACUACCUUUCGGAGCUUGUCGAGGAACACACCGUCUUUGCGAAACGCCUGCUCACGAAGCUGAUAUACUCGGUCAUUGGCUUGCAGUUGUUGCUGUGCGUCGUCGACCGGUUCCCGUUCAAGUUGACCCUCAUGGGCAUCGUCUCGCACAUUGUCUACCUCGGAAACAUGCGGCGCUUCCCUUUCGUCAGGCUGACAGAUCCUCUAUUUCUUGCAUCUUGCGUGCUGGUGCUCGUCAACCACUACCUCUGGUUCCGCCACUUCUCUGCCGCCCAGCAGCGAUCGUACGCGAACAUGCACUCAUACUACGACCAGCCCGAUGUCCCGACCUUCACCGAGAUUGCCUCGUACUUUGGCCUGUGCGUGUGGCUGAUUCCGUUCGCCCUCUUCGUGAGCCUGUCUGCCAGCGACAACGUCCUGCCGACGAUGGGCAGCGAAGACCCCCUGCGGGACUCUUCUGGCAAGAGCAAGAGACAGGGCUUCGUCAAGUCAAUCGUCGAUACCGUCCUCGGUGCGAUUGGUCAGGUGUUCAACACGGGCGGCUGGGAGCGCAGUUGA